AUGGCAUGUAAUGACAAACAAGGCGUCUUCGAGCCAAUCACCCUCCCCUGCGGACGGACCGUCCCCAACAGACUAGUCGCACUCUAUGAACAUCUCGCGCAUCUAUUUGGCGGACCCCCGAACCGUCACCACUUGUCUCUUUACUCUCAAUGGGCUGCAUUCGAAUGGGGCAUGGUCAUCACCGGCAACGUCAACAUCUCACCACACCAUCUCACCCUGGCCCGGGAUCUCGUUCUGCCUAGCCAACACGACGCAGCAGGCGCAGAGGCAUUUCGCGCGUUGGCGAAAGUCAUGCGCGGGAACGGCAACCGCCUUGCGAUCAUGCAGCUGAAUCAUGCCGGCCGCCAGUCUCCGAACGUCCUGGGUGGCAGGACACCGUUUGCUCCCCCGUUAGGACCGAGCUCCAUCCGUGUCGGAUCUGAGCACCCUGCCACCACCGACUCCCAACGGAUGCCGACAAAGGGAAUGCUGGCUAGUUUAAUAAACUGGCUGAUGUUCCAGGUCCCACGGGAGAUGUCGCUGGAUGAUAUUGACAAGGUCGUGGAUGAAUUCGUCCGGGGUGCGAAACUUGCAGUGGAUACCGGAUUUGACGGUGUCGAACUUCACGCUGCUCAUGGUUACUUGCUCGCUCAAUUCAUGUCUUCCAAGUCAAACCAGCGAACAGAUGAUUACUCAGCUCAAGAACUCAAACUGCUUCAUCGAAUAGCCGACGGCAUUCGCAUGAGCGUACCCUCCGAUUUCGUGCUCGGGAUCAAGAUCAAUUCUGCCGAUUACUCGACCAGUGAAACCACCCUUGUGUUUGAGCACUUUCGCACCAUCGCAAGCUGGGGAUUGUUUGAUUUCAUCGAAAUCAGCGGUGGUGAUUAUGAGAACCCAGGUUCGACUCUAUUUACCUAUCAGCGUCAUCUCUCUCAAUGCAGCCCAAGGACAGACUUUAUCACCUCACGUCUAUCGUCGCGGCAGGCCACAUUUGCCACGUUCUCACAAUCCGCAAUGCAAAUCGUGGAAGGUCUCCCCAAACCUCCGCUGAUUCUGCUGACUGGUGGACUGAACUCGCCGAAUCUCCUCCACUCUGUCCUGUCCUCACAUCACGCCCAUCUACUCGGAAUAGGCCGCAGCGCAGUUCUCCGACCAGACAUUCCCGAGAUCCUGCGGGCGUGCUCUGACUGGGAGUCUAAUGAACUGUUCGCACGGGACCCCGAUCUCCAGGCGGGGACACUCCGUCGCGUCUUCGAUCUCCUCCCACCCAUCAAGCUUAUCGGAGCUGGUGUAAAGAUGGCAUGGUAUACCAUUGGCAUGCGACGGCUUGUUGGCCUUCCUCAAGAGCCGAAAUGUGGACUGCGCGGUUUUCCGCCUGUGGACUAUUCUGCAGGAGCAGUACGAUCCGUGAUUGUCAUGUGGGCCUGGUUCGAACCCGAGCUCGGCGCUAUCGCCCCCAACAUCCAUCGCUUUUGGCUUCGCGUCAUCGCUAUGAUAGCAACCGGAAUCAUGCUUGCCGCCGCGGUGUCAUUACCGAGACCACCCGGCCUCCAUCAUCAUUCCAGCCUCAACACCUUCCUUUUCCUCGAAAUGCUCUCUGUUCACUCGUUAAUCGCCGCCUGUCUUUUUCUCCGUACUUUUGCUGCUCCCACUCCCGAGCCCUGGAAGAACGCCCCAACCAAAUGCGACCUGACUGCAGUGGAGAUGAAUCUUCCGGCGAAUCAAACUGCGCUCUUGGCACCCAUGAGGCCUCCCCAUUUCGUUGCUCUUGGUCUGGGUUUCCAGAAUUACACCUGCAAUCCUUCCACCUCGACGUACAGUUCUAUCGGUGCGGUCGCAUUACUGUUCGACAUUUCAUGCAUGGAUAAAGCGCCCGCCUCCACGAGUAUCCAACAGUCCGCUUUUGAUGCCUGGAGCCGCGCAGCACCAACGAUCACGUUGCAGGCCGUCCUAGCUUCGGUUGGGACCAAUGCCCUGCUCGGGUCACACUACUUCGUACCCUCCCCCACCGGCACCGGCAUCUCACCUGAGUGGGACUUUUCCGUCCCGUCGCACAACACAUCUGCUAUCGUGAUCGGAACCAAAGUGGGAAACAUCCCCGCCCCGAACAAUUCAACGGCAAAUGUCGAUUGGCUCGCGGUGAACGGUGUACAGGGCUCGCUCGCUUCCCAGGUUUUCCGGAUCGAUACAGUUGGUGGACAACCUCCCACUUCCUGUGCUGCUGGUUCAGCCAACAUCUCCGUCAAGUACACGGCAAAGUACUUUCUGUAUUGAGAGUAACAUCAGGGCAUAUUAUCUUAAUAGUGUCAUCUAAUCUCUCCAUUUAAUCUGCUUCUCAAAACCUUCUACAACUUGCUUCGACCUUUCCCGCUAUCUGCUUCGUCCCAAUUUGGAUCGCAUUCUAGAAUCGCUUCGGCUCAGCAAACACAUGGCCUACAUCCCGAUCUCUCGAACGACCCAUUGAGUAACGUUGGAUUAAGCAUACCGGGCAGAAACAUGUCUAGGCCUGUGGCAGAUCCGUGACGCCUAGGGCAGGACGGGCACGGAGUUCGGUCUAGAGGAGCUGCGUCGUCAUCAGGUUAGCGACUUGCUGCACGCAAGGUGCCCAGAUCAUUGUCGUGAUGUUGCAGAGGUGCGACGGGCACUUUAUACGAUGCCGCCCACAUUCGGGAGAUGGCGGUGGGGGAUGGCGAUGGCGAGGUGGAUAAACAGACGUGGCUACUUCAACUGCCUAAUUUCGUCAGCCAAGUGAACUGAUUCAGCAUGAAAGGUCAGACCUGCGGAUAGGGAUGGGGGAGCAGCCAUCGGAGCACUGUGCUGAGUAGGGAGUUUUCAGCAGGCCCAAAUAGCUCCUCAUCGUUAUGUGAAUAGUUGCAUCAAGCCUGCGUAUUGAAGGUUCUGCGUCGGAAUUCUAGACAGUCCGAUAAGGUCAACGUCGC